UAGACGGAUGGGAUGAUGUGAGCAUAGAUAGAUAUGUAUGUCUUUACCUUUUCUUUGCCUGACGAUCGAUGGGAUGAGUCUGAGGGCUGCCGACGGCACUCCCUCCCUCCCUCCCUCCCUCCCUCACUUUUGUAUGACACUCAUACACACAUGCAUCUGUCUGUCUGUCUGUCUAUCUGUAACACUACGCGACAAUGCGAGAGCCGCAGAGCGUUUUGUCCGUCCCCAUAUAUGAGAGUUGUUUUGAGUGAGUGGGUGGGUGGGUGGGUGGCGGGGUGGGUUAGCGAGUGAGUGAGGGGCAGGCAGACAGGCACUUCACAAAGUGAUUGAUUGAUUGAUGGGUAGGGUUGUAGCCAGCCAGCCUCAACUGCGCUCCUCUUUGUUCGAGUCUGCAUGAGUGUCACCACCGACUCACUCACCGCCUCCGAGAGGCGAGUCAGUUGAACUUGUGUCAACAAACAAAAAGACCAAACCAAUAUAAAUGUAGACAGCGAUGGCCUCUGUCCUUCUCGCUUCCCACCUAUUCAACAAGAGAGACAUCCAUCCAUCCAUCCAUUCACCCAUGGCUGCUCGCACCCGUGGAGUUAGUUGACAGUCACUCAUUGCAGCGUCUCGUGGCAGCAAACAAAUCCAACCAAUAUAAAAUGUAGGGAACGAUCGGUUGUGUAAGUGUCCGCUGAGCACAGGGGCCGCCGUCUCCUCAAUGCGCUUCUCCUUUUUGGGCUUGACGUCACAGUGAGCCACUGAAAUGAGAGAAAGAGAGAGAGACACACAAAUGUCACACACGCUUGCAGACAUCAGCUGUGUAUCUCAUCAGCUAACCUCCGUCGUCAUCCAUCGCCUGAAACCCCCUGAGCCCUUGCUGGGCGAUGUCCUUGAGUUGCGCGGCGGGUGCGCCAUCGGGAUGGCGUGCUGCUUACGUGGCGAGGUCUUCGCCACCGUCCGGCAGCAGCAAAUAACCCAAUCGGCGCGUCUCUGGCGCCUCUCGUUGUUGGGUGGCGGGGCCAUAGGAAUAUCGGCAACGGAAACGGGUGCUGGGGGCGGGGGAGGGGGAGGGGGAGGCGCGAACCAGUCGUGGGCCAGCAGCUCAGAGGCACUUGGGCGGCGGUUGGGGUCGGGCAUCAACCCACUGCAGGCAGCCAGGCAGGCAGAGAGAGAGAGAGAGGGGGAACAGAGAGACGGCUGCAGAUGUUUGGUUGACGUACCGGAAGUAGAAAUCAAUUUCCUCGUCAGUCACGUCGGGCAGGUUGCGGAAGGAGACAACGUGGUUGCCAAUGCUGGUCUUGACCUGCUCCUCCGUCAACACACCCAAAUUCGGCAUCACCUGCCACGGCACCACACACACAGAGCACGACCGAGCAGUGACAUUGAAGCGACCGAGCGUCGUCGGCGUGUCUGUGGGGAUCGCUUUCCACAGAAGAUACGCAGCCAUUUUGGUUUUGUUCUCGAUUUCCUAAGUCGACUGUCCCCACAAUACCGAACGCAGCGCAUCCAGAAAUGAAACGGAUGCAUGUGAAGCAAAGGCGUGCUGACAGCCUUUCCCUUACAGAUACCUCCGUCUUCAUCUCCUCGCUCAUUUCCUCAAUCUUUUUUCUGAGCUCUUCAUUGUGCUUGCGAAUGGCCUUCUGUAUGAAUGAGAGCCAUGAUACAGACAUGCCUUUGCCCACGCUUUGACCUCUGACCUUUCACCUUUGACCCAAUGCUCACCUCUGUCUUGUUGACGCGCUCGAGGUCCUGCAUGGCUGCGUCUUACUCUUCAUGGCAACUUCACGGCUUCUCAGAUCCUGAAGAGAGGUACGACAGCCACAAGAUGAGAUGCAGUGAGUACUUGAUCUUUUUCACCCACUUGGUUCUGCUUCUGCAGUGCGUCGAUGUUGGCUGCAGCCUCUUCCGUCGCUCGAGUGUCUGUUCUCACACGCUCUGAAUGUGAAAGACAGGAAGAAGAAGACAACAGUGGAUCGAGAAAGAAUGACUGCUUUCCGUCUUACCAGGCUCAAGCUGGCACUUGUUCAGCUACGCGGUGAUGUCUGUGCCGUAUGCCUUGUGUCCUUUCAUGCGACUGACCACCAAUCGUUGGAGUAUUUGCUCCUGAUUCUCCUCCUGCUUUUUGUCAAACUGAUUGAAGGAAAACAGAUUAUCACCACCGCAAGAGUGAUUUCAUCUCUUCGCAGAGCUACCUCAGGGACUCGUGCAGUCAACAUGUCGGUCAUGGUCCGGAGCUGAUCUCUUUCCUCUGCGGCCUUCGCAGGUUGUCCUCUGAGAUUCUCAAUAGUCUCUUGUGCAUCCUUCAACUGCACAGAGUCAAGACAUGAAGCGCCAGGUCGAUACACGUAAGUGAGGCUUUUGCAGUGUCUUGUCUGACUGGUUUACCUUUGUCUGCGAUUCCGCGUCAAAUACUUCACUGAACAACGAUCCUUUCCGCUCUAGCGCGGGGGGGACGGCCACAUCGGCCAUCGAGGGGGAACUGCUGACGGAGGUCGACGGCUUGGUGGCAUCAGAGUUGGCUCCAGGUUCUGCUCCUGCGUGCGCAGUUUUGCCACUUCAGCAGUGUUUUGCUCGCGUAGUCCUUUGUUUUCGGCGUGUGCAGCAUUCAUGUCAGUUUUCACACGCUCUGAAUGUGAAAGACAGGAAGAAGGAGACAACAGUGAGUCGAGAAAGAAUGACUGCUUUCCGUCUUACCAGCCUCACGCUGGCAGACUUCCAGCUCCUUGCUCUUGUUGGAUGCCUCGACGCGCCGCGAUAAGCUCCUUCAUCGUUUCCCUGUGAGCCUUGUCAGCUGAAUGCUUAUCAGCACGCAGCUAGUUCAACGACGCGGAGGAUGGGCUGCUGCCAUGGCCACUCCCUGUCGAGGAGUGCGACGCGGACGCGGAGG